GCCGCUCUGGCUAGUCAGGUUACACCUGGUGGACGCGCUGCCCUCGCGGUUCUUCUUGUCGUCGUCGUCGUCGUCGUAACGGUUGGGGAGCAGGCCUGCCGAGGCAAGAGGCUUCGAGGAGCUGUCACAGUCUGGACCGUCGUGCAACACCAGCGAAGGCUCCAUGCAGCCGCCAUUGUGUAGUGAUAUAGAGUAGAGUGAAUUGCUCUUCUUAUCGCCCAAGGCGAAGUGGUUCCAGCUGAGGGCCGAAACCUGGUAGGCGUUGAUGCAGGUUGGAAGGCGAUGUGGGAGAACGUGCUGAGGUACCAUGUAUUUCGAGCAGCGAGUUGUCUUGCCGGCACUGCUGUUGUUCGCCUUGGUUGUUUUCUUGCUUUGCUGCUGUGGUUGUUGUCGUUGUCUCUGCGUGGUUACGUCGCUGGCCGACUUGGCGAUGUCGUGUGGCUCAGAUUCGCGCCUGAGCAGCUGCGCGGGAGUUGUACAGCCGUCCUUGGUCGUUGCCGUCAUGAUGCAUGGAAUUGUGGUGAAGCUUGAGAGUGACUGCGAGUGGCUGUCCGUGUCGAGGAGCCGGGUCGAUGGCGUCCGAUAGGCAGGCGGUGCCGCAGCCGUGGAGAAGUGAGAUCGCUCGAGAGUGGAAGAAGGGACUACUGCACGAGGGCAGAGAUGAAGGGCCAUGCAGUCCUCCCUAAGUAGAGGCUUGCAGUUGAUAUCCUGUGGGCUUUCGGCCCUCAGUGGCUUUCGGAGAAAGGUGGCCGAAAUGGACCAUGUAUGCGAGGGUUAUGGACGCCAGGUUAAGCUGCUGAGCUGGGGCCGUCCUCGGUACAAGGCGCUGGCACCAUGGUUUUGGAUGGAUGUCCCUGCCUGGACAAGUUGAUGGACACGGCUCGACCUACGCGGACUCUCCAGGCCUCGUCUCGUGCCUUUGUGUACUUAAAGUAAGUGGCGGCCGGCGCGGGAGGAAGGUGCAUGUCAUCCGCGGCGCCGCAAGCCGCGACUGCUCUGGCAAUCUUGCACCGCCCAACAUGACUUG